UAUGAAUAGUAAUAUAAAUAUUUCUAUUGUGUCAGCGAACGUGCCACUGUAAGAUGUUCAGAGCUUCUAUAUCAGAAGAAAUAUGUUAUCAAUUUAAACAUUUUAUUACAGUUAUGUAUAGUAUAAAAAGUAACCGCUUAAGUUUCCUGAAACAGUCUCGUGAAAGCACUCGAGCUCUUUCAUUCGCGAAGUUUUUACAGAAUAAAUAUGGGCUCUUUUGUUAGUUAUUUUCUACGUCGUGAAGAUCAGAUUCGUUUAGAAAAUGAUACCGUCAAUUCAGAAACAGGUUUCUCAUUAAGACAACAAAAAAUGAUGAGAAAAUCAUGGGAUCAGUAUAUUCGACCAAAUCUUAUUGAUGUAGGCGUUGAAACCAUGCUCAGUUUAUUUGACGCUUAUCCAGAUAUCAAACAAAUGUUUCCUGACUUUAAAGACUUGCCCAAAGAUCAAUUGAAAGGAAAUAAAAAAUUCCACGCUCACUGUCAAAUGAUUAUGAGCACUAUUAAUAAUGCCGUUGACGCAUUUUUAAAUAAUGAUAUCCAGCUGUUCACGAUGAUACUAAAAAUGACCGGAGAAAGACACGCUAAACGAUCAAGUGGAAAAAUUACUGCUGAUCACUUUAAUCGUGUAAAAGAUCCACUUACGGCUGUCUUAAAAAAAAGAAUGAAUAUUACCUGGAAAUUGAUUAGUGAUAACCAAAAUGAUGACAAUGUCAUUAAAUUGUGGGCUCGAGCUCUAGACCAAAUGAUUCAGAUAAUAAAUAGUGGUAUUGAUGAUUAUAAAAAUAAUAUUUAGUCAUUCAUCUGAUUGUCUGUUUCUGAUGUAUUAAUACUAGUGCUUGCAUCAGCUUUGCUGUAAAGUAAAAGUUUUUCUUCAUUUAUAUCAUCAGUUUCAUCAUCAUCUUCUUUUUCCUUUGGUAUGAUUUUCUUUCGAAUACAUGUAUCUUGGUUACAUAUCUUCGUUGCCUUUGAUCGCUUUCUUUUAGCAUAAAAAUACUGCUUGCAACGAUGUAUAAUUAACAUCAUCAUCAAAACUAUCAAACAGACAUAUGAAACACCAAGCACUAUCAUUAGAAAUGUAUCUACUGUGUCCAAAGCAUCAAUCUCGGGUUCUUCAGAAAUUUCAUCUAUUAUAAAAUACCUGUAAAAUUUUAUGACAUAAAAAUCAGACACCGUUAUGCAAGAAUAAUUAUUUUAUGAACAUUGCAUGAAAAAGACAGUAACAAGGAAUUUUGUUGUAU